AUGUCAUACCCUGGCUUCCAAGGUUACAGUGGGAACUAUGGCUCCUCCUCUAACGACCGGAGUGGCGCAUAUGGCGCUGGCAGAGCUUCUUCCGCAGCUGCCCCAGUAUCGAAGAGUCCAGCAUAUCCAGUGUCGACUAGUCAGCAGCAGUAUGCUUCAACGGCAUAUGCUUGGCCAGACCUGAGUCAAUCGAGUUAUGGAAACAUCAAUGGCAACGUGCAGCACUACGGCAACACUGAAUGGAGGGAUGGGCAGGGUCAGCGGUCUGUCUAUGAAUAUCCACGACCACAAACGAAUCAUGCGGUCUCACCGAUAACGAGUCAUAACCCUCAUCAUUGGUAUGGUGGCAACACGCAACCACAAGCCCAGCCCAGCACUCAAGCGCUGAGCAAACUAGCAUAUGCCUCUGGCCUGAACUUGCAGGAACAGCAAGCUGAAGAUGACCAUACAGCUGGACACAGCCAUCCGGGCCUUCAACAUCUCAAGGCGGCUCCACGCGAAACACAUGGUUCAGAACGCGUUAACUCUCCUUCACAUGAUCGAGGGCAUACGUCGCCUAUCAGCAGGAUUGCUCAAACCACGCAGAGCCAGCAAAGUCCUACCUCUUCGCAUCAAGACCUUGCAGUUUCGGCGGCUGCUGCACUUGCAGGAGCAGUCAAUCACAGAUACAACAGCUCCCCUCAGCAGUUGAGUGUAUCCACACAGCAAUAUACAUCCCCUACGCCGGCAGCCGCGAACCCAGGAUACCAGAUUCCUGCGAAUACGGCAAACAAUCAGCAACGUCAAUGGAUGGGUUCUUCUCAGGAUACCAAUGUCCGCAGCGGGCCUCAAGCACAAUCUCAGCCUCCCCCUACAGUACGUGCGCCGCCGUCCAGUCAUAAUCUAAACAGAUACGGGACAAGCGAAACUCAUCGAUAUGCCCAUUCGAGUAGUUCAAACGUCACUCUUCCCCUUCCAUCAGCCACAAGAACGCUUCAGCCGAAACCAUCCUACGGGCCCACCCAGGGACAUGGUCAGCGAAACGGUGUUGAAGGUCUGCCGCCAAAGGAGCCUGAUGGUGGCGAUUUGGACACGACUUUGAGCAGUAGAGUAGAUACCUCUGGCGCAACGCCACUGCAACAGAAUGCUGUGCCAGCUGCCUCCAUGCCAACAUUUAUUGAUCCUAGUCAGGUCUUCAAUCCUUAUCAUAAAGAGCAUGAGCGCCAAAAACGAGAGGAAGAGGAACGUGCCAAACGAGCAUCCAUAGAAGCAUUGGAAUCGAGUGUGGCUCUCAAUGCCCCGGAAGCAGGCACCAGUCCACAAGACAAAGGGGCACCCACAACCACAGCGUCUGGCAGUAAGCAGCAAGCACUACCUCCUAGCACGGAUGCAGGUGGCAGGCAAUCUUCUCGCUCGAGCUCCAUGACGGCGGAAUCGAAGGACUCCGUAGAUGUCGAUAUGGCCACCGAGAUGAAGGCUAUGAUGCAUCGCAUGCGUGAAUGGAAGUCAAAGGAUCCCUCAUUGUUCCAGAAGCUCUGGGAUGACAUGAAAAAAGGUGGUAGUAGUACCCAAGUAACCAAAGGUCAAACACCGAGCAAAUCUCCUCAGCUUGCUCAGGUCGCACCUCAACAAUCGCCUCUGACACAUAGCUCGCAGCCGGUGCAAUCUCAAGCCUCAACAGCUCCUCAGACGCAGGCACAAAUUCAAAAAGCCCCACCUCCUAGUGCUUCCACAACAUCUUCGACACCGAAGCGCCACUGGGAUCUUACAAUGGUCGUUGAGGACAACGAAGGCGGUCUGCCAGAUCUUGGUCGUUUCCCUGCUGAGCGAAGAGAUCGACGAACGAAUCAGGAAAUUGCCGGAGCGAAAGCAAGGAAAGUAAAAGCAAAGCAAUCUGCACAGGCGCCUUCGGCAAUCCCCACCACAAGUGCAACACAAGCAUCUUCUACCAUUGCACACCCUGAUAUGACCAAGGCAUCUUCUACAACCCCACAGCCAAGUGCGACACAGACGCUUUCGUCUGUCCGGCCUCAGAGUGCAAACGAGACACCUUCGACAGUUCCACCUCCAAGUGCAGCACAGGCAAAGCAAGACGACAAGCUGAUGCGGCAAACACAACCAACACCACAGCCUCCCACGACCACGACCACGACCACGAACACGAUGUCACAAACAGCUCCAACACAGGCACUUCCACCUAUCAACGCAAAUGGCGGCACCAUCUGGCCAGAGGCGAAACGGAAAGCUUUGGCAGAAGCUGCUCAAAAGGCUCUCAUGGGACUGCCAGCCAACAAGGGCAAGUCAAUAACGGCGGCUGAGAUCCACGCCUUGGUAGAACAAAAUCCAUCCUACAUUGAGUUGUGCACAGAGCUGGAGGCACGAGGGUUUGCCUUUCAUCGUGGACAGUUCGCUCGAUUCAUUUUGAACAACGUUCCGGAUCUGUCAUCACCAUCUCAACCCCGGCCGAAAAUAGCUCCGCAACCUGCUCGCGCCCGCUCAUCGCCCAUCCCUCCUCCGCAGCAAGCCAUCUCUAACGGUAAAGCUGCCUCGCCGGCCGCUGGGAACGGCGCUUUACAGCAUAGUCAUCUACCAGGUCACUCGUCAGCAUACAUCAAUUACCGUCUUAUGCCUGCUCCACCAUCGAAGCCCACGCCCAAUCGUGUUACAAAGCCACGUCUUGGUGUUCCAUCUCCUAGGAUUCCCACGCCAGUGCCUGGCUCGAAGGAGGCAAACGCGAGAAAGAGAGACUUCUCUGAGCUGGUGGAUCUGACGCAGCUGAGCGAUGACGAAGACUAUUCUAUGCCGAGAAAGCAGGUGAGGCACGAAGAGAGUCCCGAGAAAGACGUAUUUCACGUCAAAUCUGACAUAGCCAUGCCUAAUGCUGCAAUGCAAAUGUCCAGUAUGCAAAGACAGUCUCCUGGUCCAUCUUUUCAGAGCUCAUACAGGCCGCCAGGAGGCGCAGCACCGCUUAAAUUUGGUCCCCAAGCUCAAACAUUGGCAUCGCGGCUUCCAUCCCAAGCUCGCGCCCCGUCUCCUCAAGCCGUACCGCAGAAAAGUCGUCAUCUUCUGGCAAAGCCGUUGAACAAAACAGAGGCUUUGCGCAAAUCAUACUACGAUCCAAAGACGGUGGCCAGAGACAUUUUGAUUGCUGCUGGACGACAUCCUGGAGAACACCCGCUCAAUGCACAUCUUGCUCGGCUGUUAGGCAAGCACAUCGAUAUUGACUCAGACUUGAGCACAUUCGACUGGGACAGCGUGGAUCCUGGCGGACCACCAAUGCCUGUCGUUCAAGUGGUUGAUAUUCCGGCUGGUCCACCAAGAUGGAAAGUGGGUGAAAGGGCAAAGGCCCGGGGCCCUACACCCGGCACGGUUGGCGCCCCGCCCAGGGUCAGGACCGACGACAAAGCCAAAUCAUGGGAGCAGCGAGCGACAACGAGCAACGGAACCGCUGUACGAGUAGGCCAUAUUAGUAAGGAGGCGGGUAAGGAGUCGAGCAAGGAGUCGAGCAAGGAGUUGAGCAAGGAGUCGAGCAAGCAGUCGAGCAAGGAGAAGCCAGACCAGGGCCACGUUCCAGGUGCUGGGUCACCCCUUGCACGCCCGAGUACCCAGGGCAAAUCCGCUGUCGAAGACUCAGUCAAGCCUCCAAAGUCUACUCCGCAACCUGCACGAGCGCGCCCAUCGCAAAACGUCGAUAAAGAUUCCAAGACGCCUCCAGCGAAGAAAGCGCUGGCAAAGACGCCUCCGCGCCCUGUGAGCCUCCAAGAAACUACCCCGCACAGCGCACCAUCUACUACUAGUACUACUCCCAUCAUCUUCACUUCACCCACUUCGCAGAAUUCCAUCAAGCGAGGGCCUGGUCGACCACGUAAAUCGUCAACCACCAUGGCUCAGCCGUCAUCUGAGCCUGCGAAGCGUCGCGGCCGCCCUCCUGGCUCCAAGAACAAGGCAACUUCGGCGUACUUGUUGAAGAAAGCUGCCAAAUCUUCUGGGCUUCAGGUGUCUGUCUCCACUCCCAGACGAUCUACAUCGCCUCCCCAAUACAAUAUCUACGCUUGUCAAUGGCGCAAAUGCGACGUCAAACUCCAUAAUCUCUCUACUCUCCGAAAGCACAUAGCUAGAGUCCACAAGGUUCCAGACGACGAGGCCAAAGGUGAAGGCCAGCCGUGUUGGUGGAAAAACUGCCGCACGCUCCGAAUCAAGGAUGCAGAGAUCUCUCCUGAGGUCACCUUCACUUCCACCUCAGCUUGGCUUGACCACGUCGAAAGUGAUCACCUGCACCCCAUUGGAAUGAAAUUGGGCGACGGCCCAUCCUCUAAGCAGACCGGUAAGCCCAAACCUUUUGAGGUUGAAAAAUAUUUCUAUUAUCCCCGUACCACCGUGAAUUCCAUUUGUACAAGUCAAGCUAGAACAUGUUCUCAUACAGACCCACAGACACUGGCCCGUAACCGUCAAAUUUACCUGUCCGACAAACACGGCCGCGCCGUCACCGCCCCCUCGACCAAAAGCACCAUCCUGGAUUAUCCCUCCGAUACCCUGGUUCUGUCGUCCGUGACCAUGAACCCCGAGUCGAAUAUCCCCAACCGCGCGUUCUCGAAGGCGCAUGGAAACGAGAAGAUGGAGCCUCGACUGAGCGCGAUUGAGACGCUGUUGGCGUUGCAGAGGCACAAGGAGAGGGUAGGUCCUGGCCUGGAUCGGGGUGGGUGCACGUUGGUUAAUGAAGAGAGGAGGAAGACGUUGAUGGAUACAGAGGGAAUGAUGAGGGUGGUGGAUGCGGAUUACUGA